CGCAGCGGGGCCGGGCCGGGCCGGGCCGGGCAGAGCAGCACGGUGCCGCCGGGAGGGGCCGGGCCCGCCCCCAGCUCGGGUACCACGAGCGGGGCCGAGCAUCUUCUCCUGCAUCUUCUCCUGCAUCUUCUCCUGCAUCUUCUCCUGCAUCCCUGCGCAGUGACGCGCCGGGCCCUGUCCAUCACCGCCCAGGGGCCUGGGCACCGCUGACCGCUGAGCUCCGACCUCCCCACGCCUCCGGGAUCCUUUCUCCAGGGCAUUCAGCUCAUCCACACCCGCUCAGCCCCACCUGGCCGGCUGCAGAGCUGCGCUCACACCUAUGGAGGUGCUUCAUGGACUGUCAACACCCAGCACGUGUGGGCCCUUCCCAGCAUGAACCGCCAGCAGCAGCACCGCUGGAGAAGCUCUCGGAAGUCCUGGCGUGGUUUUUAAGCGAGGCCAAGCUGCCUGCUGUGAUUUUAGGGCUCUGUUUCAUCUCCUGAGCGGUGCCAGCAGCUCGUGGAUCCCCAGAGCCGCCCCCUGGGAUGUUCUCCCUUGAGCUCCAAGCAGCAGCCACCGACCUGGACAGCCCCAGCGGGGAUUCCUUGGGAGCUGCUGGGAAGGAGCUCCUGUUCGUGGAGCUCUCCUCGGGCAGAUGAGUGACCCGGUGAUGAACGGGAGGGUGCCCCUGCCUGAGAAGGCUCUGUCCGAGGGCUACGCCCGCCUGAGGUACAGGGACACCUCUCUGCUCAUCUGGCAGCAGCAGCAGCAGAAACUGGAGUCAGCCCCACCCAACACGUACCUGAGCCGCAGCAGGAGCAUGUGGUACUCGCAGUACGGCAACGAGGCCAUCCUGGUGCGGGACAAAAACAAGCUGGAUGUCUCCAGGGACACGGGGCAGUCCAAGUUUUGUUCUAUUAUGUAAUUCCCCACGGGAAUCCACACGUGGAGAGGAAGCAGAGCUGGGGGAGGCGGGUGUGCACCACCCUCUCACAGCCCUGCACAGGAAGCAGCGUUUCCAGCAGAGGCAGGGAAGGCUGAACUGGGAUUGUGUCUCUGAUUUUGCUGUUUUUAGACUCCCAUUCUGCAUGUUGCUGAGCGUGUACAGCAAACCCAGUCCUGCUGGGGAGCUCUCAAGCCUGUUGCUGCCCAGCAUCUUGGCAGGGGCUGGGCUGGACCAUGUGUUGCUUCUAAGUGGCUCGUGUGCCCUGAGGAACACCCGCUGGCACUUGGGCACUGUCCCCAGCCACCCUUACUGGCCAGUCCUGGGGCAUUUCCAGAGCUCUGGGAAUGCUGGUGGGACAGAGGUGAGCACAGAUCUGUUCCCAUCAAGGCUGUGGUUUUAAGAAGUUGAUCUCCAAAACCAUCUGGCCAUUACUUGUUCUGUUUGCCCUGUGUUCCUUUUAUUGCUGCCCUGAGUUGGGAAUGGAGUGGGGUUUUUGUGGGAACAAGGAGAGGAUGUGUUGAGACUUUAAUCUGAGCCUGGUAGGAAAGGUGUGCUGGAGUUUCAUGCAAAGGAAAGGCACUGUCUGAUCUCCCAGUGUGGGAUCAUGGAAAUGUCAGGAGUUCUGGAGUCAGGGGAGCUGGCUCCUUUCACACAGAUCCCAAAUGAAUCACCUGAAAGGGAGGGACAGGCCCAGCAAAGCAACAGCAAGAAACCCCUGUAAAUACCCACAUGUCCUAAGGGACAUGAGGAAACUCCUGCACAGCACAGCCCCACUCCUGAAUGGGCUGCAGAAGGAAAGAGGCCACUGGAGUUUGCUUUGCAUUCAAGUUUUAACGCAUGCAGUAGCUUGGAAGGGUUUAACUUCUAGUUCAGGUUGGAUUGUAGGUUUGGUGCAUGCAUUUUAAAAGUUGUGUCUGGGAUUGUUUCGAUUAGCUAGAGGAAUUUAGGAGGGAGAAGCACUGCCCUGCUUGGGCACAGAGGCUGCUGCUUUCAGGUUUAAGUUUCUGCUGAAUCCUGACUUGCUCAAGGCAUGAUCAUGCUGAGAAACUCAGCUCAGCAGGCACCUGAAUCUUUGUUAAAAACAAAACUAGCACUUCCAGGGGUGUGAGUUAUUGUGCCCAGGGUUCAGCAUGGAAGUUCUUCUUCAGGGUUCUGCCCUUUCUGUCCUGCCUAGGCCAUGUGUCCAACCCAGCAGUGCCUGGGCACAGGCUUAGCUCCAGGCAAAUCAGUAUUUGAUGUCAGCUUCAGGAUGGAUUAUUUACCUGCCUAUUAUUAGGCACAGUCAUUACUUCUGUUCUAUUUAUCUAAAACCUACUUUGCAUUUUUUCAAGCACUUUAUUUAUUUAAUUUUUUUAAAAAUACAGCAAAGAAUCUCUUCCACCUCUCCCAUGUGGGUGACAAGAAACACACAGACACUCAACCUUGCUGAACUCAAUGCACUGAGCAGAACACACCUGUUCUAGAGUGAAAUCAUAGAGGUUUGGUGUAUCAGCCCUGCUCCAUAGCACUGCAAACAAUAGGCAGCUCGUUGUUUUUUAAAAGCACUAUUUCUGCAUGUGUUGGUGUUUGAUACCUUGUGUGUGUGUGCUCAUAGAUUUAAACCUGCUGCACCUCGCUGCUUUGCAGACCCGUGCAUUGCUCUGCACACAAACAACCCUCUUGGUUCUGUCAGGAUUUGCUCUGGAGGAGAAACCAUUCAGUGAAUAAAUGUUUUUUAAGUGGGUGCAAGCGUUCAGUGAGAUUCACAAACCCAGCGAGGCUCGGCCAGGGAGCAGUGCCAGGGAUGUGUGACCCAGCUCCAGCCUGAGGGAACAGGAGAUGAUUGACCCAGCCAGGCAGGAGCUCCCCUGGGAACUGCAGGUGGACUCACCUGGAGAAGCAGGAGAGGUGGGCUCCAGGCCAGCCCUGGGGAGCACGUGAACUCUGGGAGUUUAAGGAACAGCACAUCCCCCCAAACCAGCUGUUCGUUUCCUUUUCUUAUAGAAAAAGAAAUCCAACACUUAUUUUCUUUUUAAUUUCAGUAAGGAAGAUGCUUAUUUUGGGUAUAAUCAGUCUCUUUUUGUUAACGUGGCUGGUAAACCAAAAUUCAGUUAUUUUGCAGAGUGUUAAUUGGACUAUACAAGACUAAACCCGUAAGAAUGUGCAUAAAUUCUUCCAGGAUGGAGGCUGGAUGUGACAGUGCAGGAAGAAGAGGAUGAGUUGUCCUUCCAUCUCUGUGAAUGUGACUGUAAUUUUCCAUUUCUGUGUGUCACUGGUCACAGCAGGGUUGUGGAGUGGCUGCUGUGGCUGUUUCUGUGAGCCAGCUGUGUGGUGGUGAUGCACUCGUUUCAAACACUGUUGUAGCCUCUUUGAUAAAGUGCAUUAAAAUGAUUUGAAUGCA